AUGGCAACGGAGAACAAGCGACAGAGCACUGGAGGGAAAGGCCCCGUCGGUAUGGCCCCGCCGGGUGUUGGGCCGUCAGGUGCUGUCGCGAUGGAAAUGGCUUUGUGUGGAGCCAUUGGCGCCCGUAUCCGCGUCAAUACUACUUCUCCCACCUCCACAACGCACGAGGGGACUCUCUUCGCAGCCUGCCCCAUCACCAAUCUUAUCGCAAUCAAUACAUCUCCGCCUCCACCAACGCCAAUGACCUCCGGCACACCCGCCCUCUCUCACCCCGGCGACUAUCACAUAAUCCCCAUAUCCCGCAUCCACAAUUUCCAACUGUUGUCCCUACCCCCACACUCCGCGUCAUCAAGCCCCACCGAACAAACCCCAUCCUUCGCCAAUGCGUACCCGUCCAUCUACCCUCUCGACAUUCGCGCGCUGAAAAAUCGCGAAGCUGCUGCAGUUUCCAAACUCCACGAGCGCGAACAGCGGCGUGGAAAGGGGGUUAGCAAGGAAGCACAGGACCUGUUUGAUGCAUUUAGCAGGACCAUGCCAGCGCGCUGGGAUGGCACGAGCAUUGUCGUAGCCGAUACUGUAAUCAUUUCGAAGCCGUACCAUAUCGAUAAUUGCCGCUCUCUAUCGCCUGAUAACGGAGGGGUGAGCCCAGCAUUGACGAGAGUUAGGAAAGUUCUGGAAAUGGAACGCAAGAAGAUCGAACUCCGCAGCGCCAGUGCCGCAAUUGCCAACUCCAGCCAUUUCUCUUCCCAUCAAGCUCGCAAUAGUAACCACGGCAAUAACAACCAUCACACGAAUGCGAAUGCGAAUGUGAAUAACUCCUCCCCGUCCACAUCCAGGGAUCGCGAUCGAAAUGCAAAAGCGGCCGCCGUAGCGCUUCCCAUCACUAAUAAUAAUAACGCAAGCAAUAAUGCAGCGCGUUCUUCGACACCCGGAACGUCUGCUACUGCUGCUACCGCCAACCAGAGGAAAGGCGGUUAG